AUGCGGUUCGUCACGAUAGUUGGUGCGCCAGAUGGGCAGUCGGCUGGACCCAUCCCACACCUUGGCACAUUCGCUAUCAUGCUUUCUCGGUACCUCACAAAGGCGGAGACCCUGGUCAUCAACAAUGCGAAAUGGGGCGCAGGCUCUGUCCGACCGGGAGACAUCGCCAAUUUGGCCGCGUUCCGCUCCAUUUCAGAACUAACGCUGGAUCAUGUCUGCUUUGCAACGGUAUCACAGCUCGCGCAGCUGGUGUCUGCCUUACCAAAAUUGCGAACCUUAUUCUGCGACGGCCUAACCUGCAAUCAGAGUUCUUCCGUCGUGAUGUCACUCCCCCUGAACAGUCCGCAGCUUCGAGACAUCUCUCUGUGGGGCCAUAUGCCUCCAGUCAUCCACGACUUCAUCCUCCGCAUAGCCAAGCGUGCCGAUCUACGCAGCUUCGCCAUGGGUGUACACUUCGAGGACAUAUCAUCGGGGAAGAUCCACAUGCAGGAGCUGCUCCGUGCAUGCGCCCCGUCCCUCCAAGACCUCGGCCUUUCACUGAACCUCAAUGGUGUAAACGACAAAUCCCCGGACAUAAUUUGCCAAGAGCUUGACAUUAACAUUCUCAAGCACUUAACUUCCUUGCGGCUCUCGUCAUGGUGCUUUCUCGAAGACAACCAUGCAUGGGUCCCGUAUAUGCUGUCCUCUCUUGGGUCAUCCGACAUCACCAGACUCAAAAUACACUUCCACAUUGGCAGAAACGAUCGCGACGAGCGACUGAGUGCAUUAUUGUAUCGGUUGGAGACAGAAAACGAGCUAUCGGAGAUCGACAAAUGCCUUUCGCAGAGCAAAUUCUCAAAUAUCAAGCCGGACAAGCUCGAAGUGGGCCUAGCGUUUUCGACCGGAGGCUGCUCUCCUUACGAAGUGCUGAGAGUCUCUGAUGACGAGUGGGCGAAACUCGUCCGAGGGAAGAUGCCGCUCGCGGAUACGCGUGGAAUCCUAAAGUACGCCUGCUCCUGA